AUGGGAGGCUGCGAAUUCCUCCUCCUCGGGAAGCCCCGCUCCCUCCUCUCGCUGGGCCUCUUCGCCCUGGUCCUGCUCGAGGUGCACUGGGGCGCUGCGGCUCCCUUGCAGUCCAACGGCGGAGCCUCCCCUCUGGCCAAGAUCUACCCCAGGGGCAGCCACUGGGCUGUGGGACAUUUAAUGGGGAAAAAGAGCACUGGAGAUUUUCCCUAUGUUUAUGAAGAAGAAAACAAGAUCCCAUUUUCAGCAUUACCUGAAAAUGUCAAGCAGCUGGGAGAUUACCUGCAAUGGGAAGAAACGUUGAAGAAUUUGCUAAGGCUGUUAGAAGGGAAUGAAAACAGAAGCGCUCAGAUCCUAAGGGAAGAGCUUCCGUGGUAUACCAAGAACACUUGGGAGACAGAUGAUGACAGCAGCUUUAAAGAUAUGAUGGAUUAUCUGCUUCAAGUUAUGAAUAGGAAAGAAAGCACUCCAAGCUGA